UCUCGUUUAUGAAAAAAUGAAGUAAGAGAGAAAUUAUAAUCUUUCACUUUCUGUCAAUUACAAACCCCCUCCCGUCCUCCUCCUCUCUCACUUUUACUCUUCUUCCGACCUUCACCUUGUAACAUAGCUUUUAGCUAUGUCCAAUUCUUCCUCUUCGACCCUUUUCUGUAUUCCUUCUAUCUUCAACAUCUCUUCCUCUAAACCUCACCGCUCCAAUUUUUACUUCCCUUCACGACCCAUUAAUCUCCCACUCUCUCUCAAAUCCAAAACUCUCCGUAACUCAUCUCCUGUUGUUACUUUUGUUUCCCAAACUUCGGAUUCUGCUGAGGAAGAAGAAGGUGAGGAUGGGAGCAUCGGAGGCGACGGUGGCGAAUUCCCGGAGCCACCGGAAGAGGCUAAAUUGUUCGUCGGAAACUUGCCGUACGAUGUUGAUAGCCAAGCUUUGGCUAUGCUCUUUGAGCAAGCUGGUACUGUUGAGAUUUCAGAGGUUAUAUACAAUAGGGACACUGAUCAAAGUCGUGGAUUUGGGUUUGUGACAAUGAGUACAGUUGAAGAAGCAGAGAAAGCUGUUGCGAAGUUCAAUCGCUAUGAAGUGAAUGGGAGGCUUUUGACAGUAAACAUAGCAGCUCCUAAAGGAUCAAGACCGGAACGACAACCUCGUGUAUAUGAUGAUGCUGCGUUUAGGAUCUAUGUUGGGAAUCUGCCAUGGGAUGUGGAUAAUGGUCGUUUAGAACAAGUGUUUAGCGAGCACGGGAAAGUGGUUGAUGCUCGAGUGGUGUACGAUAGAGAGACGGGUCGUUCGCGUGGGUUUGGCUUUGUUACAAUGUCUAACGAGACUGAACUUAAUGAUGCCAUUGCUGCUCUUGAUGGACAGAAUUUGGAAGGCAGAGCAAUUAAAGUGAACGUGGCUGCGGAACGACCAAGGCGUGCAUUUUGAAAGUUCAGUGAGUCUUAAUAUUGUGAGAUAUGAUUGUAAAUGUUCUCACUUGCAACUCCGAUGUAGCUAUGCGAAAUCAAACUUGAGUUCAAGCUUUUGUAAACAUAUUUUCUUUAUUACCCAUCAAAACAUAUUACAAAACAUUACACAACCUCUAUAUGUAUGUACACUAAGAUGUGGGA